AUGGCGUGGUCAUCUUGGAGUGUCUGCAAAGAAUGUAACCAGAACCGGCAAAGAGUCGAAUUUAACUGCUCAAGAACUCGGGAAUCACGUGAAUGUAAGUGGUUUUGUCUUCCUGAAAUUAAUCCUGAGCUCAAGAAUCAGUCGGUUGCAUAUAAUUCAUCGCUUCACUUAAUUUGCUUUCUGAGCGCUUGCCCUACACUUAAGAUACACUGGACUAAGGAUGGGGUGAAUCUCGGUAACAACAACACUUACACGAUUCGUCAAGCAAGAUUGAAGCACUCUGGUCAAUACACAUGCAGCGCCAAAAACAGCGGAGGGAGCAAAAACUCAACUUUCUGGAUCGAAGUGGCGGGAGUCUCUCCCCAGAUCAUUGAGCCUCCGAAAAGCCAAUCUGUUACCGAAGAAUACCCUGUAAACCUUAGUUGCGUAGCCUCAGGUAUUCCAACACCAACCUUCGUCUGGACUUUUAAUAAUGGUGACCUGCCACCUGGUAUCAAUCAAACCGAUCACGAAGGAGAAUCAUUCGUAGUUUCGCCAAGUGUCACGAAAGGGAUGAAUGGGACUUACAAGUGUACAGCAAAAAACAAAGCAAACACAACCAGUUCCUCAGCAACUCUGCGUGUUUAUGGAAAAGCCUCUGCUCUAGUUUUUCCAGAGAAAUACAUAACACUCACAAAAGGAGAUACCCUCAAAUUGAUCUGCAUAGUCAACGAAGAAACAAUCAGCAUUAUGUGGAAAAAAGAUGGAGACCUAAUAACAGAAAAAGCAGUUAUAGAGACACGAUUAGAUGAGGAAAAUAGUAAACUUGAUAUUACUGAGGUUGUGGAAGAGGACAGUGGUGAAUAUUCUUGUGAAGCACGUAACAAGCUAAGAACUGUGGCUCGCUCUGUUGUGACAGUAAAUGUCAAAGGAAAUUCAGAAGCUCCUUCCAGCAGCUCACUGGAGUGGUACUACAUUGCGGGACCUUUGGCUGCUGUCGUUUUUCUACUGGCGUUCAUUUCAUACAUUAAAAAACGCCGUGCUACAGCCCCACCUGAGGUGCCACCUAGGCUGAAUGAAGGGGAAGAUGAAGUUGAGAUGGAUCAGCUGAACGCUAACACAGACGGAUGGGAGAUUGCAGUUGACCGCCUGAACCUUCGUGAGCAUAUUGGCAAAGGGGCAUUUGGUUCAGUGUGGCGAGCGCUACUGGGUCGUUCCCGUGGCAGACCUGGAAAUCGCACAGUUGCUGCGAAAUGCUACCUACCAAUCUCCGGAGAGAAAGGAAGGAAGGCCCUGCUGAGAGAGAUCGAGUUAUUAAAACUCUUUGGAAGGGAGGGCCAUGAAAAUGUUGUUAAGUUCAUUGGUUGUGUCACAGUUGGAGCUCAGCCAAUACUUAUCAUGGAGUACCUGUGGCGAGGUGACUUGCUGGGUUAUCUCAGAAAAUCCAGGGGGGUUUUCGACCAAUAUCAUCAUGGGGUCGGAGGGGUCGACCACUUGACAACAUAUGACAUGGUGCUGUUUGCUAAACAGAUCGCACAUGGUAUGACUUUCCUCGCGUCCAGAGGGAUAAUUCAUCGCGAUCUUGCAGCUCGUAACAUCCUUCUUGAUGAGCAUCGUGUCUGCAAGUUGACUGACUUUGGGCUCUCUUAUCAGGAUUUCAAAUACGGCCCAGGAAAUGCCAAGAAG